AUGGCCGCCGCGUCCUUCAAUUACAGACCCAAUAAAGAUGACACAUUUCUCUGUAACUCUAUGAUCAGAGCCCACACGGAUAUGCGCCAAUUCGCUGAGUCUUUCACUCUCUAUAGAAAUCUUAGGAAGGACAUGGGUUUCAAGCCCGAUGGAUACACAUUCACAGCUUUGGCAAAGUCGUGUGGUUUAGAUGUGGCCAUCUGGGAAGGGCAAGAACUUCAUUGUCAUGUUAUUAAAGUUGGGUUGUGCUUAGAUUUGUAUGUGUCGACUUCAUUGGUUGAUAUGUAUGCAAAGUUUGGGAGGAUGAGUUGUGCAAGUAAGUUGUUCGAUGAAAUGACGGAGACAAGUCGAGUAUCGUGGACAGCUCUCAUUUGUGGGUAUGCAAGGUUAGGAGAUAUGGGUAAUGCAAGGAGGCUUUUUGAUGAAAUUCCUGAGAAGGACUUGGCUGCAUUUAAUGCUAUGAUUGAUGGUUAUGUCAAAUUGGGAGAUAUGGGCCCUGCUCGAAGUUUAUUUGAUGAAAUGACGGAUAGGAAUGUGGUAUCUUGGACCAGUAUGAUGUAUGGUUACUGCCAUCAUGUCAAAACAAACAGCCCCAUGAAGCCUUGA